AUGCGUUCUUUCUCGUCCCUCGCUAUCGCCGCGCUUCUAAGCGCUUUCACGGGCAAUGCCUCACCACUGGCUAUAGAGAAGAGGGCUAUUACUGAUGGGCUCUUCAGUGACAUGGGUUUGAUGAGCCAAUAUGCUUCAGCAGCCUACUGCUCCGGUAACUACAAUUCACCUGGCGACAAGGUCAGCUGCAAUAAGGGAAAGUGUCCACUGGUUCAAGCCGCAGACUCAAAUACUACAGCUGAAUACACCGAAACCAAUGCAUCAACAGAUGUAACAGGCUAUAUCGCCGUAGACCACACCAACAAACUCAUCAUCAUAUCUUUCCGCGGCACCAAGACCCCAGAAAACUGGAUCACAAACCUCGAUCUCGGCAUGGACAAAACGGACAUCUGUCCCACCUGUAGCGCCCACCGCGGCUUCUGGCGAUCCUGGACCGAAGCCCGUCACCGCGUCCUACCCGCCGUAACGCAAGCCGUCGCCGAUAAUCCGUCUUACGAGAUCCGCGCAACAGGCCACUCGCUCGGCGGCGCCAUCGCUACGCUCGCGGCAGCCAGCAUGCGCAACGAAGGCCACACAGUCGCACUAUACACGUACGGCGCACCGCGCAUCGGCGGACGCAAAACAAGCGACUUCAUCUCCAAGCAAGCCGGCGGCAACUACCGCAUCACGCACUGGAACGACCCCGUGCCCCAACUCCCGCUGCUGAUCAUGGGCUACGUGCAUACGAGCCCGGAGUACUACAUCAACAAGCCCAACGAGAAGACUGUAUCUGCACGCGACAUCCAAGUGUUUGAAGGACCGAUAAGCUUUCAAGGAAAUGGGCAGUGGAUAGGGGAUGAUGUUGAGGCGCAUAUGUGGUAUUUCGGCAGCGUGAGGAUAUGUGAUGUGAGGAAGAUGAAGAGAGGGGUGCUGGGUAUCACGGGGGUAAAAGGUGGUGAGAUGGAAGUUAUGACUGUUUUUUAA